CUUGUUCGUCCUAGGCCAUUCAUUUAUGAAUCCAACGCCGAGCCACUCCAGCGGCUGUGAAAAAUCCAUUCUUUGUGAUUUUGAGGAUGAGUCCUUUUCUGGAAGUCAAAAAAAGUGUGUAUCGUCUUUGCUUGAUGUAGUAGAUGUAUAUUAGAUUUGCCUAUGUGUCAUUUUUGGAGAUGGAGCUAAGAAUUAAUCCGAUGGCAUUAUUUGUUGUUGCUUGAGAAGUCUUUCUUUGGAUUUUUUACACAACGCCCAGCCGCUGCUGGGAUCGUCGGGAAUUGUGUCGCGAACGAGGAGCAGAAAUGGGGGUUACCGACCGCAAAGACGUUGAGGUGCCUGUUGCAGCGACGAGGUCUGCGAUGACUGGGCCCGGACACUGCACCUUGGUCGCGCUCGUGCUUGUUGCACUAUCACCCGUACUUAAAUGCAGCUACAAUGUCAGAAUCAGAACCAUUGCAGACAUGAAUCUGUGCUCAGAGAACUGAGUGAAAAAGCAUGGUUCGUAGAAGAGAAGCGGGACGACAAAGCAUGCCAAGAUCUGUAUGCCGAGAUGAGUGAAGAGCAACUGGCUGGACAAAAAAUCACCACCUGGUGUGACUUUUUUCCGCGAGUAAGAAGCUAAGUAAACCGUUCGUUGCUGUUAGCCUCACAAACGUCAAGGCGCGCGCUCAUCCUGAUCCUGACGAAGUUGCAUAUGCAUAAGCUGCAGAAUGCGCUAGUUGGGGUAUUGUCAGUACGCGUUCAACGUCUUCGCCUCUGAAAAGCUCAGCAUCUGAUGCACACGCACAAUUUGCGCAUUGGGAGUACUUGCCGUCCCGCUAUUAAUGUGCACCACGAUACCGAUACGAUUUAGAAAGAAAUAUCCUGGUAUUGCGAUGAAUAGUUACUUUUCAUACUAAACUACAGUCUGCUGCAUAUAUUUCGCCCGGUAUAAUUUUUCUACAACAGGUACACUCGUGGCGGCGUUGGAUGGAAACACACAGCGUCGCGAUGUGCAAGUGACCGCAGCCGGUUUAUCCAAAGUUGAGGGUGGAGGUGAUCCCGAUGCACGCGAGGAUGCAGAGGCGGAGCACACGGAUGAAACCCCCGACGCUCACACAAGCACACACACACACACACACAGAGGGUAGUAUAGAUCUGGUCUUUAUGUUCUUCAUCAUCUUCUUGUGUGUGAAAGACCGUGAUACCACAGCAAUCGUCACUUAUACUCUCAGACAAAACUCGAGAAUGCCUUUCGAAGAGUUGUGACGAUGCACCUGCAAGAAUUUCUCACUCUGUUUCCAACCCCGCUACAACACUUCACAGGCAGAAAAAGGGACGCCUAGUUCAUCAUCGCAGGCGGCGUCUUUCGUGCAGGAGAAACAGAAGGAGUUCGAGGUGGCGGCGCGAGACGAGAUCACCACGUUUACCACGAAUAGCCCACUCUCCGAAGACUACGUUCUGUACCUCCAGAACACGCAAGCGGCGAGAAUGUUGGGCGGGCGCAUCAAAAGCGGGCUGAACUUGACGACGACGCAGUGGGACAACGUCGAAAAGAACGCGCUGCUGUUCCCAAUAGACAUUCUUCCCCCAGUCUAUGCGGUGCAGUUACUGCGCACCUACGUCGUUCUCGACAAGGACGCGUCCAACACGCUAUCCAGGCGCGAGGUGGAAAGCACGGCUGUUUUGUUUUGCCCCUUGGUGCCGUGGACGACGGACUCGACCGGAAGAGUGUUAUCGGCCGCAAAUGUGUCUGUGUGGUCUCUGGAAUAAAAGUGCUAGACUUUUUUUGUCGUGCUUCGCUAGCAUCACUUUUGAGUUUCGGCGUGGUUGCAUUCUGAAGCGCUGUUUGUCAGCCGGCAACUCUAAAACGUCUCAUUUUUGGCCGUUGAUUCAUAAUAUAAUAUUGACGCGCCCGUGUUUUCGUGAUUCUUCACCCUGCAGCAUCACACGUCUCCAGAACCAGACAUAUUUGCAAUGCAUAUGACGAUCAUGGCAGCAACGUUUUGUACCUGUUCGACAUUUCCGGCCUCUUUGUGCUCUCGUUUACGGACUACGCGUGUUUCUGUAGCAAAAUUUCCGCCUGCAGUGAACCGCUACACAGGAGCUCCCUCUUGCAGUACCACGAGGAGGAACGCCGGUUGGUGUCACAUGAUGGUGGUUCUUCUGGUGCGGUCCGACUCUCUGAAGCGGAGUCCUCGAACUCCUUCCUCGAGGUAAAAUUUGUCACCGAUCUGAUGUUGCCUUUGUCUUUGUGUUCUUUGUUGUAAUUUUGAGGCCAAGUUAUAUGAAUAUGAUUUACUUCAUGUUGAUAUAAAAAAAAGGUGAAAUUUGUCUUGGGUUCCCUCCUCGUGGCCUACAAGUUCUAUGAACUGGCGCAGGCCCUUCUCGCAGCUCUUCACACUGUGCACACGGUUGUGCACACGGCGCAUGCGGCUGGCCACGCUGCCCAUGCGUAUGUUCAUUUUCCCCACCCUCCGUCUAAAGGCCUGAAGACUGCAUGCGAAAAGCUCGUCAAAGUAGUGCACCAAAUGAGAGACGCAGUCGACGGAACCACAAUUCACACAAUUGUACAUGAGACACAAUACAUGUUCAAGAAGCUUGACAGCUGGGCGGGAAUCAAACACGUCGUGGAGAAAAUCUUUAGCCUCCUCGACAUCAAAGCACAGGCUCAGUCGCGCCAAAACAUCGAGGCGAGCAUCGGAAACAUGGAACACGACAUCAAGGAGGCAGAGGAAAUUUACAACCACUACCUCCAUCUUCACCAGCACGGAAAGCACAUGAACUCGGGGAAAGAGAAAGAGGCGCUAAAAAAAUGGAUAACGCAUCUCACUGGAUAUGAAUGGACUGGCAAAGGCAAAACUACUGGCCUAGCCCAGAGGAAGAAUUGAAUUGGUUAAUUGCCGAAGAGGAGAAGGAGCAUACCAAAGUUUACAAUUCUUUGCAAGUUUCACAUCGCGCAUAUGACGAAUCGCCGGCCGAUUUCACACGUAGCCUCAAAAAAAAACUCGGGCUGCGUCGACAAGAAGGUGGUUGAUGGUUGUUAUGAAAAAAGAUGACGGAAAAGAACGCGGGCUCCACUAACGACUGCUGAGUACUUAAGCGAGCAAAUCAAAUAUAGGACGUCUGUGAUUUCGCAAAUUGCGAGAGUGUUAAGAAAGAG